UCUAGGUUAUGUUGAACCUCUGCAAGAAAAGUGUAAUUUUGCGAAAGAUUUUGCAAAACUUAACUAAAAAGUUACAAAAAAAACGAUAAAACUAGCGAUAUUAUUUAAGGUACUAUGGCAACAAUAGUAGGAAACCAAAAUAACCCUUCUACGCUCAAAUUAAUAAUCGCAAAUAGCUAUGCUAAAGCAAAAUUUUGUGUUAGCAUUAAGGGAAAUAGCGAUGAGCCUUACUUUCUGCCAUACAUAACACUUAACAAUCUGGAAAAAAUCUUUAUGCCCAAUGCUGCCUUAUGGUUGUUGUACCCUCCAAAACCUGACCUCAUAGAAAAAGUACGGGAAAUUCUAGAGCUAGACUCAACAAUCUUAGCCCCAUUUUUAGCUUCAAUUUUAGGAAACAACAAUAAAUCUGAAACCCUAAGAAACUCUAUUAUUCAGGGCCUACAGAAAAUUGAUGGAUUACUUAGUGGGAAAGAAUUUCUUUUUAAUGAGUUCAGUAUUGCCGAUAUUGCCCUUUUUUCUACUCUGUACCCUAUGGCAAAAUCAGACAAAUUAUCAAAAGAGUAUUUAGUAAAUUUCCCACACAUUAAGAAGUGGAUUGGUCAACUAGCACUACUUACAGAAUUCCAAAAUGCUAUUUCACAAAUAUUCCCUAAAAAAGAACUCAUUGGAUCUACAUCUUAUCAAACUUUGUUCCAAAGUUCUAAAUAUCUCAACUUGCAAAAUACUGACCAAAAUAAACAGAAAAUCCAAGAUGUUCAAGAGAAGGAUAGUCCAAAACAUGACGUAGAAGCUGUCACGGCUGAUGAAAUACAAAAUGCUAAAAAGGCUUGGAUGAAAAAGGCAUCUACAAAAGUGAGAAAUCAGGAUAAAGUAGUGCUUCCAAAACCAGGUCAAAAAAAUAUUCUAAUCACCUCUGCUCUACCCUAUGUAAAUAAUGUGCCCCAUUUAGGCAACAUUAUUGGUUGUGUUUUGUCCGCUGAUGUAUUUGCUAGGUAUUCACGCCUUUGUAAUAACAACACCCUGUACAUUUGUGGGACGGACGAGUAUGGAACUGCCACUGAAACAAAGGCCCUGGAAGAAGGACUUAACUGCCAGGAGAUAUGUGAUAAAUACUUUAAGAUUCAUAAAGAGAUUUAUGAUUGGUUUAAUAUUAGUUUUGACCAAUUUGGACGCACUUCUACACCAUUUCAGACCGAGCAAUGCCAAGAGUUUUUCCUACAACUUAACCAUAACGGUUUUACAUUUACCCAAUCCGUCGAACAAUUGCAUUGCGAGAAGUGUGACAGAUAUUUGGCUGAUCGGUUUGUGGAAGGAGGUUGCCCGAAUGUGGGAUGCACCUACGAGGAUGCGAGGGGAGACCAAUGUGAUGGUUGUGGCAAACUAGUCAAUGCGGUUGAGUUAAAAAAUCCGAGGUGUAAAAUAUGUGGUAAUACCCCCAAGUUGAAAACCAGCAGCCAGUUUUUUAUUGAUUUACCUAAGUUAGAACCUCUGCUACAUCAUUGGGUGAAAAAGUCAAGUCCAAAUUGGUCGCAUAAUGCUGAAGUCAUAGCAAAAGCGUGGUUGAAAGAAGGAUUGAAGCCAAGAUGUAUUACUAGAGAUCUCAAAUGGGGCGUUCCAGUGCCCCUGGAUGGAUUUAAAGAUAAGGUGUUUUACGUAUGGUUCGAUGCGCCCAUAGGUUACAUUUCCAUAACGAAAGCCUACACUCAAGAAUUUGAGAAAUGGUGGAGGCCCUCCAAAGACACCGAAGUAAAACUGUACCAGUUCAUGGCGAAGGACAACGUCCCUUUCCACUCGAUUCUAUUCCCAGCCAUUUUACUAGGUGCGAACAAGGGAUACGUGACGGUCGAACAUAUUAUGGCAACCGAAUAUCUGAAUUACGAAGACGGGAAAUUCUCAAAAUCUCGUGGGGUCGGAGUGUUCGGGACCGAUGCUAGAGAAACGAAUAUCCCUUCGGAUGUGUGGAGGUUUUAUUUGUUAUACGUGAGGCCAGAGGCGCAGGAUGCCAGUUUUAGUUGGAGCGAUUUGGUUACCAAGAAUAACUCGGAGUUGCUUAACAAUUUGGGCAACUUUGUAAAUAGGGCUUUGACCUUCCUUUAUAACAACUUUGCGAAAACCGUCCCAGAAAUGGCUUUAAACGUCGAAGACUACACGCUUUUGGCACUCUGCACGCGGGAAUUGAAAGGCUAUAUUGCGGCUCUGGAAAAAUGCCGACUAAGAGACGGAAUCAGGCACAUUUUAUCGAUUUCCAGGCAUGGCAAUCAGUAUAUGCAAUUAAAUCAGCCUUGGGUAAGGAUCAAGGAGGGCGAGGAGGGAAAGUUAAGAGCUGGUACCGUUGUGGGAGUCUGUGCCAAUUUGGCAUGUCUCUUAGCAACUUUAUUGCAGCCUUAUAUGCCCGAUACAAGUAAAAUUCUUAAAGCUCAACUUAAUUGCGAGGAUGUGCUUUUAAACCCUCAAAAUAUCGAAAUAGUGAAUUUGUUGCCCGCCGGUCAUAAAAUAGGUGAUCCUCAACCUUUGUUCACAAAGAUAGAGCAAAAUAUGAUUGAAGAGUAUAAAAAAAAAUUCUCUGGUAGCCAAGAAUCGAGAAAAUCACCGGCAAAAGGGAAAAUUGACCUUACGGGGGUCGAUGCUGAGACGUUGGAGGAAGCCAUUGCUAAACAGGGUUUGGUAGUAAGAAAGCUGAAGGAAGGUGGAGCAGACAAAUCAGUAUGGCAGCCAGAAGUGAAUAAACUUCUUGCUUUUAAGAAGCAACUCGCGGAAUUGACUGGGGUGGACACGCCCAAGAAACCAUCUGGAAAGGAGAAGAAGGUACCACAGCAAAAUAACACUCAAAAACCGGAAGGAGUGGACAUCAAGGGAAUUGAAGCAGAAGUUGCUAAUCAGGCUGCUCUCGUAAGAUCACUAAAAGAAGGGGGCAAAGAAAAAUCAGUUUGGGAACCUGAAGUGAAAAAACUUUUAACCCUCAAGCAAAAACUAGCGGACGCGACUGGGGUGCAGGCGCCCCAAAAAGGCAAAAAAGGUAAAAAAUAAUUAGAUUUUAUAGUAGGAGUAAAAAUUUGUAAAAAACACAUGUUUAUUUAUUAUAUAUAAAUGACAGAAUUGUCGAUUUGUUUUAACAAUAAAAUGGUGUAUUUCUAACAAUAAUAUAA